AUGACUCAUCCAAAUAGUCAUGUGGCCACGCUGGAUUCAAGGGAGUCUGGGGAAGUCAGUGCUUCAAAGGGGCACACGGAUACCACAGACAAACUCAAGUUUCCAUGGUUGAAGGAGAAGAGGACAAUGGAGUUUGUGGAGGCAGCAGGCUACAUCUGCCAGAGAAGAUAUCAAGAUACAGAGCCACAUGAGAAGAUGGGGAGGCUGCCAAGAAAGGCCACUGGGUACAGGUGUAGGCACGAGGCUGAUGCCAAGAGAAGAGAUCCUGCCUUUGGCUUUCAGCUUUCAGCUUGGAGGCGGCCAAAGUGCAGCUUUCUUUCAUCGUCCCGAACCCCGGUUCAUCCAACACCAGCCACCUCCACCACGCCGCCAAAGGUCGACCCCAACAAGAUCAAAGUCGUAUACCUGCGGUGCACUGAGGGUGAAGUCGGUGGCACAUCUGUGUUGACCCCCAAGAUCGGCCCCCUGGGUCUAUCUCCAAAAAAGGCUGGUGAUGACAUUGCCAAGACAACAGGUGACUGGAAGGGCCUGAGGAUUACAGUGAAAGUAACCAUUCAGAACAGACAGGCCCAGAUUGAGGUGGUGCCUUCUGCCUCUGCCCUGAUCAACAAAUCCCUCGAGGAACCACCAAGAGACGAAACAGAAAACAUUAAACACAGUGGGAAUAUCACUUCUGAUGAGAUCGUCAACAUUGCUCACCAGAUGCGGCACCGAUCGCUAGCCAGAGAACUCUCUGAAACCAUUAAAGAGAUCCUGGGGACUGCCCAGUCUGUGGGCUGUGAUGCUGAUGGCCACCACCCUCAUGACAUCAUAGAUGACAUCAACAGUGGUGCUGUGGAAUGCUCAGCUAGUUAAGAAGCACAGAGGAAAAUAUUA